UAAUAUAGAACAUAUAUGAUGGGAGAGUGGAAUCGAAACAUCUGACUUAGUAGCUACCUAUACUACGUACAUCAGACCGGUAUUAGAGUAUGCAUCACCUGUUUGGUCUUCAUCCAUAACUGCUCGCCAGUCUGAUGACAUUGAAAGGGCGCAAAAGCGAGUUUGUAGGAUCAUUCUUGGUGGAUAUCAUUCCUACAGCUGGGCUGUGGACCAGCUCAAUCUUGAAUUGCUUAGAUCCCGCCGAGAGUGUAUUCUUCUUUCCUUUUCGCGUGAUCUCCUCAGGUCGUCGCGCCAUCGUGACUUUCUCCCCCAAUCUCGUCAGUCUGUGUCUGGAAGGCAGUUACGGAACUCUCACCUACUACAGGAACCCAAAUGUAGGACUGCUAGGGGAAGAAAAACACAACGGAAAUGGCUACAAUGGCAAGAAAAUUGAUUCUCUGUUGCUUCUUUCUGUCUGCGUCAUUUGGAGCUUCUCGUGCUAUUGUGGAAAGGGAAUGUGAAGGAGGAACCCUUUCUCUGGAGUGUCCCAACGGAUUCCUCAUCAGUAUCAACUAUGCAAAUUAUGGUCGUACUGCCGGCAAGGAUAUCUGCCCACAUAGAUAUAUCCGGACAACAAGAUGUUUCGCCCGCAAAUCACUCAAAAUCGUCAAAGAAAACUGUGACGGAAGACCAUCAUGCAGUGUCGCAGCUAACAAUGACGUAUUUGGCGAACCCUGUUUUGGUACCUUCAAGUACCUCGAGGUAGACUACUCCUGCCACCGCAAUCCCGGCUGUAACAGAGAACAAGGGUGUGAGGGACAGGACAUCAAUCUGCAGUGCCCUGAAGAAACCCCGGCUAUUCACAUCUGCAAUGCAAUGUUUGGCCGACAACUUCCCGGAUCAGAUUUGUGCCCCCAUCCUAACAUCCGAACCACCAACUGCGCCUCUCCCAUCUCGUUGAAUAGAGUUCGAUCUCGUUGUGAGGGCCGAUCUUCCUGUUCCGUCGCUGCUUCUAGCAAUGUAUUUGGUGAACCUUGCUACGGAACUUACAAGUACCUGGAAAUUGAUUACGUUUGUGCACGACGUGGUCGGAUGUGUGAAGGAGGUACCCUGACCCUCAGCUGUUCAUCUGGGCAGAUUAUCUUAGUCAUGGAUGUGUUCUACGGACGCAAGGCAGGUCAAGAAGUCUGCCCCAAUUUCCACGUGUUCAAUCAGAACUGUCAGGCGGAGAACAGUGUCGGCAAAGUCGAAGCCGCAUGCAAUGGCAAAUCAUCAUGCUCCGUGGAUGCAAGCAACAGUGUCUUCGGGGAUCCGUGCAAGGGAACUCAUAAGUACCUCGACGUUCUUUACGAAUGUGUCUGAGUAUCUCGGUAUCAUGACGCGAUGGCCUGACUGACAAACCAUUUUUCUGGAGAGUAAAAUUCAGAUUGCUUAUUCGUAAUAUCUUGUUUCUGGUGUAUGGUUAAUAACGAGAUUUCGCACCUGAAAGCAGGACGUUUUCAAAAACACUAUAAAUGUAUUGGAAAUGCCCGUCAAAUAGCAAAAAAUAGCUGGAUGGUUUUUGUAAAAUAUUGAUGAACGGGAAUAGCAAUUUGUUCUUAUUUUAGA